CAUCUACAGAAUCACCACUAGGAGCCACUUCCGCCCACACGAAAGAUGGCGGCUCCCUUGAUGGUGAAAUUGUCGGAAUCUUUAGGUUCCCCAGAACCUGCCGUUCGACUGAUUCUGUCCGUUUUAGUCGGUGAGUUCAAUUUAGUCAUCUCUGACCGCGUUCAGUAGACGCUCUGACAUAACCAUGUGUCAAUGUAAUAUUGAUUUACACCUUUAAAACAGUGUUGCUACACACUCCGCUAAGCCAGGUAACGUUAAUGAUGUCUCUUGCUCGGCUGCAGUGACCAGCUAGACUAACGUUAGCUAGCUAGCGAGUCGACCCGCUGGCAAGCCGAACGAUAAUACAGUAGCUAAAUACACUUAGCUAGCAUUGUUUUGACAAGCUGACAUGACAGACGGGCUGCAAGGUUGAGUGGGCACAAGACUUCGCAGAACACAUUCUUUCUUCUCUGCUCUGCUGACGGUUAGAAAAACAUAUUAUUUCAUGUUUUAGCUAACGUUAGCUAGUUAGCGAUUAUGGCAGACGAGGUUACUACAAGCGGUUGUAACAUAUAGUACUGACGGGUUUACUUUACAUGGUCGGUGUAUCCCAGGUAGCUGGGUGUCUUGUCAUCUCUGAACUUUGCUCUGACACAUGAACAUUUUUUUCUUCUGAAGUCACAUUCUGGGAGUGACUAACACAUAUUACAUUAUAACAGUUCAGUAUAUUGUCUUAAAUCAAUUGCUGUUGCUUUACAGCUUCUGAUACCCUGAUAUUGUUUAUUCUUGCUGUAGCCUAUACUUUUGGAUCUCUUGCCUUUGGCCCAUGUUGUAUCACAGUAGGCCCCCAUGUUUACAAUAUUGUAAAUGUUUAGAAUGUAUAUAAACUACAGUACUGCCAUUACCAGUCAUCAUUGUGAUUGUGACACAUUGAAGGUAUCAGAUUGCAAGUCCUCCCCACCUCUAUACUUGAUGGAAGUAAAUUAAAUGUGAUUACCAGCGGUUCAUUCUGGUGCCAAUGUCUACCCUUGUCAGUUACACACCAGAAAACUGUGAGUGUGGGGGUGUGUGCACAGGGGUUCUAUAAUGCACUAACCUAAACAACAUGCACCAAAAGCACAUAUGACAGCAAAACUACAGGCUCUUAUUUAAUAAACUGCUGUCAUUGGCAGCUGUUUACCCAAUUUCUUCACAACCAAAUAGCAUGUGAUUUAUGUGUAAUGCUCAGAUAAUGACAUUCCAGUGGAGUGACUUUUUGUAUUCAAACAUGAAAAGUCACACUGCUUUAGGCAUAACAAGCUCUCACUUAAUUUGUAGUGUCCAAGCAACCAAAACAUACUUUUUUUUUUUAGCAGUGGUGGCAAAGGUCACAGAGAAACCUUUAACAUUUUUGUAGAAUGACUGUGAGAAGGUCAGUUCUGGUGACUUGUUAAAAGGACAUUCUACUCCGAUGUAAAUGGAAUAAAUAUAAUUUGCCCCUCCAGAAAUGAGGCCAAAACAUAUUGGUCCAUAUUAUCAUGAUCUGGCUGGUGCGCUAUUUAGCUAAGCAUUAGGCUAUCACCUGGCUGUAGCCCAACUGAUGCAGCAUGGUGGCUAGUAAAUGGGCUGAAGAAUGGGGUUGCCCAUCUGCAUUUACCCCAUUGGGUUAAGAAUUAGCUACAUCGCAAACUCUAAACAUCUUGUUGCUAGUUAGCAUCAUAUUGAUGACUUGAAUGUCCCAAAAAUACAUUGUAAUUGAACACUGUAUUUUACUGUAAAUUCCCCCCAAAUAAACUUUUGUUUAGCAGUAGUACAUUACAGUAAACUUUACAGUAAUGUACUGUUAAACCAGUUUAUUUUGAAUUUACAGUAACAUACAGGUUGCCUGUAAGUUACCGUAAAAGCAACAGGAUAUUUUUUAGUGUAGGCCUACCUGUUAUACCUUGACCCAUGUUACAUUUGGCCCUUAUCUCCUCAAUGCCUUUAUCUCCUAAGGCGCUAAACACACCUAAACCAUUCUGCUCAUACUCCAGUUUGAAAAUGGUACAGUUCACACAUUUUUAGGAGUUGAGAAAUAAUCAAUGUAGUAGUAAUGGAAAGCUGGGAUCCUCCUCUUUUUAACAGUGGCCAUUAACCCCUUUCAAAUGUAUUUUGUGACUGUGCAAUGGCUGAGCAUAUGCAUACAAUACAUGUUUUUCUCCCUGUGGUACACACAAUUUGAAAGUGCCUCGAGAGGAAUAUUAUUUUCUUGCAUAGAAUGUGACAAGCCAAUUGAAAAGGUAAACUAUUCUACUAUGGGUUUGUCUGAUUUUGGUGUUUGUUAGGCUACUCAUGUUGUUGGCUGAGGAAAAGUAAAUGUGGACAGCAUCUUCAAAGUGCGUCUCGGCAGAAGUAUUUUUCCAUAAUGUUUAUAGCAGUUGCUCAGCCUGUGCGAGCAGUCAGAAAAGUGUGUGCACAGAUAGUCUCGUAUGCGUUGACGACAUGGGGCGGGAGACACGGGGUACAAUACCAGUAUUCUGAUUUGAUUUUCAUUAGAUCUUGUUGUAGUCAAAAUUCAUACAACCUAAGGUACACAACCUCAGCCCGGGCGGGCCCCAGACCAAUUUAAUCCGUGGGUGUUGCACUGAUAAAUGUCUCUGUUUUAUCUUGAGGUUGUAGCACUGAACUGCAAGGUCAUCAUUUUGCUGUCAGCACCAAGGGCUCUUGUCUAGAAUGAUUCACUUGUGUUGAUUUACAUGUUAACUGUCUCUCCUCCUUUCUCUCUUUCUGUCGUUCCUUCAGGGUACCCCUGUGCCCUGCUGUACCGGCGAUUCUUCUUCCACCAGCCACCCACUGUCAUUCACCUAUACCACGCCAUCUCUGGACUGUCUCUGGCGGCUUUCAACUUUGGUGAGACGCAAAGGGACGGAGGGAGGGAGGGAGGGAGGGAGGCAAAGAGAGAAGGAGAGGAGGCAGAGAGAAAGGAGACGGGGAAGUGGUGUGGGGGAGGGAGAGAGGAAACUACUGAAUUAAUGGAGGAAGUUGGUAGGUAUUUCAGCUCAUGCCUAUACAUUUGUAAUAAGUUAAAAGGAUUGAGAAGUUUGCUAUGACCAGGAGCCUAUUUUUGAGCAGUGCUACAUGAAAUAGCUAAAUGGUGUCAUCAAUGGCUUAUAACAAUAUUGGAACAUCACAACUUCAGGUGAAGGAGAGGUGAGAGAGCAGGUGGGUUGUUGACCCUGUAGAAAGCAAGUGGCUGGGGAAUGAGGAGUGGGGGUGUUUGGGUAAAAUGGCUCAUUUAUGAAAACAGUGUUUACCUCACCAUCACUUUGGUGCGGUGGGAGUAGGGUGUCAAAAUUCCGGAAACUUUCAAUACAUUUUCCAGAAAUCCUGGUUGGAGGAUUCCGGAUUUGCUGCUUAUUCCUUCCUGAUUCUGGCUACUCUCCAACCAGGAUUUUGGGUAAAACCAGGGAAUGUAUUGAAAGUUUUGCAACCCUAUGUGGGAGCAUCCCUCCUCCCUAGCUCUGUUGCCCCUCUGCCCCAAAUAAAUGUGCCCUCUAUUUGUUCCAAAUGAAAUAUUUGGGUGUUUGUAGCCUUGAUUAUUGCUUCAGGGGCUUCCAUGCCGUGCGAAGAUAAACUCCUAGUGUGUAACGCUGCAUGAAGGGAACAUGGCCUAAAACAGUAUCUUACGGGUGGGAUUUGUCUAGCUCAGGGAUGUCAAACUCGUUUCGACCCGCAGGCUUUAUUCAGUCUUAACCAAGGUCCGGAGGGCCGCACACAAAAUUGGUUACAUUUCCUCACCGUCAAAAUUACCAAAAUACAGUCCUCUAUCCAUCAUUUUUUGGAAUUUUUGAUGCUCCCUGACUUUCUAGCUUUUGUUUCACUGAUUGUUAGAAAGCUGGACAAAGUGACAAGACUAUAAUCAUAGGUCCAUUAUAAUUUCUACACAGUUUCGAUUUGGUUGAGGUUGUUUCCCCCGGGAAAAAAAAAGAAAAGUAUUUUGCUCAAAACACCGGCGAGUCGGCUGUAUGUUUGACACCCCUGGACAAACUCAAGGUCUAUCAUUCAAUUUGUAUAGCUAGCCUAACCAGUAACCACCAAGUCAUGAGUAAUUGUGAAGAAGUAAAGAGAGUUUGACAGACUGAGGGAGGGAGACUAGAGAGAGAUGGGUGGAGGUUUGAGGUUGAGGUUUACAUAGUAGAGGAUUAAUAACACAACCUUUUUUUCCCUUGUUCUCUGCUGCACUUGGAUUUUACAGCAGGUCUGUUGCACUUUCUCUGUCUUUGUGGAAUCUAUCAUUUUUCUUCACAUGAUAACCUGUGCUGACAUGCUCAUCUUCAAUUUGCCAGAAUGCACUCUUUCUUCCUCCGUUUCUCUCUCUCUGUCCCUUUCCCUUCCUCCCUCUGUCCCUCUAUCAUUCUAUCUUUCUUUCUCUUUCAGGCACCCAGCUCUAUCACUCUGCAUUAUGUGUCCUUGUCCAGUUCCUGAUGAUGAGGCUUAUGGGAAGGACAAUAACAACCGUCCUGGCCAGCUUUAUGUUUCAAAUGGUGAGAUUUCUCUCUCAAUCUUUCUCGCCCUUUAUUUUUCUCAUUUUCUCUCAAUCUCUUCCUGUGUUCUGUUGGGAUGCAGGGUCAGGUGAUAGAGGCAGCUUCUCUCGCUCUCUCUGCUGUUCAUGUUAAGAUAUUCACUUCCUCUGUCCUUUUUGUCUUUCACUGGAGUACUGAAGCACCGUAGAACACUGCCACUGUAUGAUGUAACGCUCUCUCUCUCUCUCCCUCCCUCCUUUUAAAGUGUGAUUGUGAUAAUUGUUUUGUAUGUUUUGUUUUGAUCAAUUCUGUCUUCUUCUCUCUCUUUCUGUCUUUCUUUAUCCCCUUCUGUCUCUGUAGGUAUACCUGCUCUCAGGCUACUACUACACAGCUACAGAAGAAUACGAUAUCAAAUGGACCAUGCCCCAAUGUGUCCUUGCACUCAAACUUAUUGGUAUGUUCACCUCAUCACUAACACCCUCUCGCCGCUGCUCUGUACACCCCCCCCCCCCCCCCCCCCACCACACACACAUCUUUUACACCCCCACUUUGUUUCCCACUUUUAUUUUGUGUAACACCUGUUGCUGAAUGAUUAUUUGUCCUAUUUUUUAUUUUCUUAGUGACAACUUGUGUUGUAUUAGUUGUUCAUUAGCAUCGGAGAUAACAUGGAUCAUAUUUUGCUUAGUAUUCUAAAAAUCCUACUAAAAUCCAUCAUGGUUUUACAUGGGGUGCGGCUGAGGUACAUCUACAGUCCAAAGUAUUCAUUCCAAUGAUCAUGGCAAUCCUAGGAGCUUUCAUAACAUAGUGACUGAUGCCAAUUGCAUUCUCUUUGAUUUCAGGUUUGUCAUUUGAUUACUAUGACGGUGGCCAGGAACCAGUGAGUUGAUUGAUCUCUCUCUAUUGCCAUUUGAUUAUUGGUCAAUUCUGUGUUGAUUUUUUCUUCUCUCUGUUCUAUUUGUUAUUUUGCUCUAUCAGUGUACUUGUCUGUUUGUGCUUCAACCUCUUCCAAGUUCUCCUCCGUGUGUGUGUGUGCAUGCUGGAGCGAGUGAGUCAGUUUGGAUGCUUGAGUGAGAGACUUUGUCCACACACCAGUCAGCGAUGAGUUGAGGUAGCGUGUGUGUGGGUGUGUUUGCAUUGAGGAAGUUAUCCGUUUUACAAACAGGCAAAUGUCUAGUGGUCAUCAUUCAUUACAAUGUUACUCUGUACAGUUGCUGCUCCCCAUUUCUGAUUGGUUAUGUACGGUGCCUACUAAAUGGCCCAACCUUUGACCACAGCCUAUAGGGCUCUGGUCGAAAGUAGAGCACUAUGUAGGGAAUAGGGUGUGAUUUGGGACGCAGCCCAUAGUCUGUGGUUACUGUGGUUACUGAUACUCUGUAUCUUGUUUUGUCUAGUCAAAAAGGCCCACAAAAGGUGGGCACGCUGUCCUGUUGUAUGUCUGCUACGAUAUCAUCACCAUUUGUCUCUGUCGUUUGCUUGCACAAUGUCGUUUCUGUAUUUCUUUCAGUUGACCAUUCUGUCGAUACCCUAUCUAUCUGUGUCGGAGAAUACCUUGGGUUGUUGUUGUUGCUGACUAUUGACUGUUGUUGGACUAUUGUCUUCUGUAGUAUUUCGGAAACAUGCCACGGGUUUGCACUUGGAAACCCAGCAGUUUUAUGCCCCCUAGUUAAAUGCCGGUUAAGUAGUCCUUUUUGGUUAAAUUGAGUUUGCGAUCAAACCGCGGGUGGCUUUCGAUAAGAAUCCUGGGUAACUGGAUAUGCAGCAAGCUUAUUCCUUCUCAGACGGUGACUGUGUGCACUGUUAAAAAUGCUUCUACUCUCUUUCAAUUUUCCUUUCUUUCCACUCUUUGCUUUCCCUUUCUCUGUUUUCUCUUUUACCCAACUUUGCCCCUUUUACCCAAAAUCCUCUUCCUACCACCCUCCCAUCUUACCUCCCCCUUCUUUCUCCCUCUCCCCGGCUCCAACCACUAUUCUCCCCUCCACCUCACUCUCCCCCCUCUCUCCCCCUCCACCCCACCAGUCCAAGUUGAAUGAGGAGCAGAAGAGGUCCGCCCUGGCCAAUGUUCCCUCUCUGCUGGAGGUUAUCGGCUUCUCCUACUUCUACGGCGGCUUUCUGGUGGGACCUCAGUUCACACUGCGCAGCUACCAGAGGCUAGUCAAAGGGGAGCUCACCGACUGCCCCGGACAGCCACCUAACAGGUAGAGAGGGAGGGGCAGGGGGGGGGAGACAGGGAUGGAGGCAGAGAGAGGAAGGGGAUGGAUACAUGGGUUUACUUAACAAUCUCUUUCUUUCUCUCAGUGUUAUACCCGCUAUGAAGCGGUUCUCCCUCGGCCUCCUCUGCCUGGUGAUCUACGCAAUAUUCAGUCCCCACUACCCAGACAGCUAUUACCUAACAGAUGAGUACGACGUAAGAAAGCCUUGCUUUUGCACCAGCAUUCCUGACUCUUUUAACAUCACUGAUUGAAGCCAAAGCCACAUUUCCAUACGUUGUUCUGUUUGACAAAUGUAACCGUCAAAUGCAAACGUGUCUCUUCAGGCUCAGCCGUUCUGGUAUCGCUGUGUGUUCAUCCUCCUCUGGGCCAAAGUCAUCCUGUAUAAAUACGUCAGCUGCUGGGUCAUAGCGGUGAGUAGUAGCACUAUGUAGCAGCGCUUGGUAUGUAAAACGUCUCAUUUCCAGGCUGCACCCGCUUCAGAAUAACAACACCUUUUACAGACACAACUGUCUCCACAUACCUGUCAUUCACACACACACAGAUUAGUUCCACUGGGGCACACCUACGUCAGAUCAGGUGAGAAGAAACUGGUCUGGGUGCCCAGUAUGUCAGCGUAGGCUAUAUUUAGGUUUUUUAAGGAAGAAGUUAUUUAAGUGUUUGUAAAAGGAAUGUUUGUGUUUUGUGACUCAGGAGGGCGUGUGUAUACUCUCUGGGCUCGGCUAUAAUGGGCUGGGUCAGAACGGCGAGCACCAAUGGGACGCCUGCGCAAAUAUGAAGGUGUGGACGUUUGAGACCACACCCCUUUUCACAGGCACCAUCGCCUCCUUCAACAUAAACACCAACGCCUGGGUGGCCAGGUUAGUGCCUGACUAAAACUCAAACUAUUUAUGGCCAGGUUAGUGCUUUCUGGGAUCCUUGGGGCAUCCCUACCUUUACCUUAACCAUUUAAAAUUCCACCUUAAUUUGGGUAAGGGCGUCCCAGGGAUCUUGGAUAGCAAGGACCUUAGCGCCUGAUUUAAAACUAUGUAUGGCCAGGUUAGUGCCUGACUAAAAUUAAACAAUGUACGGCCAGGUUAGUGCCUGACUAAAAUUAAACAAUGUAUGGCCAGGUUAGUGCCUGGCCAUUUUUAGUGCCUGGCCAAAAAAGUGCUUACGGUCUUUUGCAAAAUAGAUGUUAUCUUACUGAGACUAAGCUGUAUAUAUAUAAAGGUUUAAUUGCAAAAAAUGAUACUGGUAUAACUAACAAUAUGUGGUUGUUUGUAACACUCCUCCAGACACGUGUUUAAGCGGUUGAAGUUCCUGGGCAAUAAGCUCCUGUCUCAGGUGACCGCGCUUGCAUUCCUGGCCAUCUGGCAUGGCACGCACUCUGGAUACCUCCUCUGCUUCUCCAUGGAGUUCAUCAUCGUCAAUGUGGAGAGACAGGUACAAGUAAAUAAUAGAAUUAUAAUAAAGCACUACUUGAAUACUGAACAUUCUGCUUUUACUUCCUGCUUUACUCCUAUGGGUACACUCAAUAUGGCUGCUUGUCCACCUAUCACAGAACAGUGACUUGAUUGGGGAAUGGCUGUUCCAGUAAUUAUAUUUCUAUGGAAACAAGCCCCAGAGACAGAGAGCGAAUCCUGAGGAGACAGCAAAAUGCCUCUUCACUGAUUUUGGAUGCUCUCAAAGUUGUACGCGGCAAUGUCUUGACCGCGGUGGGAAUGUACCGUAUUUAUUUUUUAUUUAACCUUUAUUUAAGCAGGUAAGGUUAAGAAACCUCUUUUGCGAGGGCGACCUGACCCUCAUUGGUCAAAACAUAGUUGCAUCAAACAUUGGGAGCAUAUAAACAGUGUGGAUGGCUUUUCAUCUUUCUCUUUGUGAUGUUUUUCAUACCCUGGACCUGUGAAUUGUAAAUCUACUAAAAAGGAGACAACCUCUCAGUGCUAAUCUAUCCUCAAGCGGGUCUAUUGAAGGAUUCUCAAUGUCUCUGCCCUGUAUGCGUUCCUGGAUUACAGUGUGUCCAUAACUAUAUCUCUAUACUGUAUGUGUAUCCCUAUUUGUCUCAGGCCCAAGCGCUGGUGAGGGACAGUCCCCUGCUGACCCGCCUGGCCAACAGCCCCCUCUACCCCCUCAUCUACCUGGUCCAGCAGUUCAUCCACUGGCUCUUUAUGGGCUAUCCUUUGGUGCCCUUCUGUCUCUUCACCUAUGACAAGUGGCUCAGGGUAAUAAACAGCUUAGAACACAUAAUAAGCCUUCGGAAUGUUGUCGUAAGCGUAUCACAACACGUUAUAAACACUCAGCCUCUUCAUUUACUUUACUUGAAGUGGCGAAAGGUAGCUGGCAGUUCGUAAUGCCACAAACAUGUUAGAACUCAGCUCAUAGAUUAUUGUGUGAUAAGUGCAGUUGUCUGGCAUAUGUUUAAACUCUUGACUUGGGUUGGGGGAAUGGAUGUCUGGAUGAGGAUUUUAAUUUGCUGGGUUUGUCGUCUUUCUGUUUUCCAGGUGUAUUCAUCCAUUUAUUUCUGCGGCCACAUAUUCUUCUUCACAUUGUAUCUAGGCAUCCCAUAUCUCCGCAAGGUGCUGGUACCGAGAAAAGAACGGAGCGAGAAAAAGGAGGACUAGAACUACGUUAGGUAAAUGCAAGCCUCUGUAUAGUUCUCCCAGACUUUUCUGUGUUUACAGGAAGGCUGUGGCGAUUAUGGAAUUUGGGAUAAUGAUUAAAGAGAUGUUCACCCACAUUACAAAAUGACAUAUUGGUUUCCUUACUCUGUAAGCUGUCUAUGGAUAAGGUAUGACAGAAAUCAUGUUUUGGUUUUGUUUAUCUGGUCGCUGUUUCAAAUGCUAACGUUUUAGCAUUUGUGGCACAAAUUCAAUGCAAGUCAACUUUAUUAGCAUCUUUUGCGCUUAAUGUCCAAAUCAACAUAAAGUUUUUAAAAAAUAAUGUAAGUUACUUAUAGAUGAAAAGCAUUUGAAACAGUGGCCAGGUAAAUAAAACCAAAGCAUGGAUUGCUGUCAGACCUUGUCCGUAGACUGCUUACUGGGUAAGGAAACCAAUAUGUCAUUUUUUUUAAUUUGGGUGAACUAGGCCUAAAAAAAUGUCAUAAUUGUCAGUUUUACUGAGAGAGAAAAAUUGAGCUUGUAAUGUAUCAUAAUGCGUCUUUGAAAAUUAGUUACGACAUACCUAAUGUAUACAACACCGCUUUGGUGACACCUACGUCUCAGAAAUGUAUGAUUUUGACCACUUGGAACUUUAGGAAAUGAAGCUUCCCUUCCCAACAAGCUGUACUGCCCGUAAAAUGAUUGCUGCCCUCGUUGAGAAAUUACCAACUUUACCCUCUUCGUGUAAAAAUGAAACAAUGCUAUUGGGUAAACUAUAUCUACUUGAAAAUGAAGUUUAAAGACCUAAAAGAAAUGUAUUAAAACAAUUAUUAUUCGUAAUUGUCGAUUUAUACGAUUAUUGUCCCAGCUGUAGUUUAGACUUAAAAUCCUGUAAACACAUUCCCUAUGUUUCAGUUAUUCAUUAGUCUCCAUAUUGGCAAAUGGUAGUUUCCAGAUAAUUAGUUAAACUUAAAGGCAUAGUUCACUCCAAAAUUGACUUUUGCCUGAUGUUUUCAUACCUCCAUAAAUGGUAUGAAUUCAAAAUAUGCAGAUCUCAAAUGAAUGGGAAACAUUCCGAUCCAAAACAAAUGGUGCCAAUUUUUCCCAUUAGUUUGAGAUUUAGGCUUACAAAUUUCUCCUAAUGCAUAUAGAGGGAUCUUCACAACAUCUUUAUGGAUAGACAGAAACAGAGGUAGAAAUGUCGUCGUAGCUUACGUUACUUGUGGAUAUCUGAUAAUGGCAUAAUAUUUAUGAUGGAUGGAUUUCUAUUGUACUUUUCCACCAAAUGCUCAAAGUGCUUUUUGUACGGGGGGAAGGUCACCUCAACUAAUCUCUCUCUCGCGCCUCUCCCUCUCUCAGGUCUCUGGCUGAAUCGCCACCCAGGAUGUGACUGAAGGGAACUGUGACUUUUAACUAGGAGCAGAUCAGAAAAUAUUUUACAGCCUUUAAUAUUAUGUUCGUGUACACAUUUUUCUUUCUAUUUAUUUUAAUGUUUUGGACGGGACGCACGUUUUUUGGGACCAGGUAGAUGAGGGUACAGGAAAUAACCAUUGUGCCACAAUUGUGAGCCAAUCGGGUGUUUUCUUGAAUUUAGAAAACUUGAGAGACUGAAGUCUUUUAUACACAGAAUAUUGCACUCGCCACUCAUGGGCUCUGGGUCCGUAGGCGGCUCUGUUUUAUGAUCUCUCUUCCUGUUUCAACCCUCCCCUCAAGUCCAAAAUACACUGAGUAUACAAAACAUCCUAAUAUUGAGUUGCCCCCCCCCCCCCCACACCUUUGCUCUCAGAACAGACUCAAUUUGUUGGGCGUGGUCUCAACAAGGUGUCGAAAGCGUUCCACAGGGA